AUGACUGCGGCUAAACAUGUUGAUGUAUCAAGUGAUACUUUGCAAGUAUCACCACAAACUGCUCCCAUUUCAGGACCCCAAAGUAUCCCACUACCUCAGAUAGACAGCUCGUCCCGAAUGGAUGUUUCUCAACCUGUUAUAAGUAUUGAUACUACUCAAGUGCCAGAGAGAGUCCCAACAGAAAAUCCAGCCACGGAACAUGCAGAUGAUGAAGUAGAAUUUGUGUUUUCAGUCCCUCGGCGUAGGAAGAAAAGGCGCAGAAGGUGUGGCAAAAUCUUGCUCUCAUGAAGUCAUGCUAAACAAAGAUAUACUAGGCUGGAAUUUCCUCCACAGAGCACUCAUAUCGACAUGACUAGUCCUAUCUCAAGCGCCAAAAUUUCAGUUACUCAUCUGUCGCCAGAUAAAUCCACAGCUAUGGUUCCCUUGCUUAGCCCCGGUCCUAACCUUGAUGAUAUAAAUAUGAGCAGAUGUCGAUCACUCCACAGGUUAUACCCCACUACUACAUCUGGCUCUUUCUGUCAGCCCCUGAACGUUCUUCAAUCGAAGUUAUCUGAGUCAUCUCCUUCGCAUAUAUCUCAAACCAUACCGUUCAAAAUUCCACCACCCUGGUACGCUAAAUCCAUGCCUCCGCCGCCUUCACCUACAUCACCUUAUUAUUAUUCAAAAUCGACCGUCUCCACAGCCCCAGAGCAAGCUUAUACCAAGAAACGAAAGCACGAGGAAAAUUCAUACAAAUAUUCGAAUCAUGUGUCGCCAUACGUAUCUCCGACAUCCACGUAUCAAUCAAGGGCAAAAUCAUUUCCUUCUCAUGCAGAAUAUGUUUCUGUUUCGGACCAUACUGCGUUUUUGGACUUUUUGGAAGAUCCAAAUGUCCCAAUUACCUUUGGUGGAGUACCGCUACCUCUGCCGCCACAGUAUCCCAUUACAGCUGGUUGGCAAGAAUUUUCCUGGAAACCUUCCGGUUAUCUACCCUCUAGACGGCCACAUAGAGAUAUGCUCCCUGGUGUUAAGAGCCAUCCGGAGUGGCACUGCAAAUACCAUCGCGGUAAUGGCGAAUCUCGUUGGCCCAACCCACAAAAUAUGUCAAUCCGGAACUUCCAGAAUCAGAGAUUCGCUCAAGAAUUGGUAUCACCGAAAUCAAUACCACGUGAAAUUCAAUCCUCAUGGACGCCAUGUACAUAUCCUCCGAUGCAGGAAGAACGAAUUUCUGAACCAUCUCCUAUACCUGAAAAGUUGCCUGCAUCCAUCACAGGCAUGCAACCUUCCCAAUCCUCCUCUAUGGGUUCAGCAAAGCCCAUGAGAAAUCCAAAAUCGGUAGCCGCUCUUGCACCUACCAGAAACAUCUCUCCGUCUCCGUCUCCAUCUCUACCUCCUUCUCACGCAAGUGCAGCAGAUGUACGCCGUAGACCUUCUCUUUAUAGGAUACCUGCAUGGCAAUCUUCGACAGAUAAUAACCGAGCCUCUUCAUCUAUAUCUCUUGGUGAACGUCAAAAUAAAACAUGCAAUGAUGGGAUUAACGACGCACGAGCCCUCCACUCAACCAUACCUCAACAAGCAAAAUCUGUCACUUGUUACACACCAAACGCAGCAUUACCUUCCCUGCCAAGACCGACGCCACAAACUUCGAGACAACAGAUGACCUCAUCGAAUCACCCACCAAAUCUGUAAGUUUCUCACCCAGUCUUUUACAUCUAUCCCAACCAACUAACCCAUGACCAGGAUUAUAGACAUAGCCCAGACCAGUCAAGAUACCUUUCCAUUUGCAGCUGUUGCCGUUAGACAUAAUAAACCUAUUCAAAAAGUGUUUGAUACUUUCUCAGCGAUUAUUCAAUUGCCGUUGUUGAAAGAGGCGGCUGAUGGGAGGAGAUAUAGUCCGUUGGGGAGUGAAAGGAUGGGGCAGUAUAAGGAUGCUAAGAGGGCUAUGGAAAAGGCAAAUAGAGAGAAAAAGAACGCGAAAGGUAUCAGGAAGAACGGGCAAUGAGGAGCAGGAAUGGGAUGGGAUGAGGAAGGAACCUGGAGUUGUGGGAUGCAAAGAUAAGGCAUUUUGAUUAACUUUCUUUCUUUACAUCUGCUAGUUUCAUCUGUUAUUCACACCCUUUUCUUAGAACAAGGAUUCGUUCUAUUGAUAUGAUUUUCGAGCUAUCAGAUAUGAAUAUCAAGACGAACUCAUCAGACCUUGAAUUUUAGUGGC